AUGGGGAAAAGUUGCUGUGCAGAAUUCCAACAUUCACCAAAAAUCACCAUAUGCUUCGAGACUUUAGAAAACAUAACCCUAUUGAAUCGAUCCAAUGUGUUAUCACUGAAUCGAUACCAGAAAUCGGUACCACAGGAGACAGUUGAGGUCAUAGCACAGAGCAUUGACAUAAAUAAUUUGUCUCCAGAUGCUGAAUUAGCUCUUGCUCCUGAUGUAGAAUACCGAAUGUGUGAAAUAGUGCAGCCUGCGGAAGUUUCUACAGCACAAGAGGAAUUGUGGCAGGAGUUUAACGAACCUUGUUGGUGUGAGUAUUUUGAACGUAAAGAAGCAGAAGAAGCCAUGCUGAAGGAAUCUGAUGUUGGAGAUCAAGCAAUAUAA